AUGACUGAACCAUUGGUCACUCCCAGCUCAAGAAGUCUCAAUGGCCAGCCCGAAAAGAUCGUUUCCCAAGGCACAGAUCUGGAGAACAACACUUCCCCGUCGGCUGCCCCCGUUCAGCAUGCAAAUGGGCCAUCUGCCACAGAAGACACCCCUCCCGAGUGCACAGUCACUGGCUUCCGCUGGUUUCUUGUCUGCGUGGCCAUCUUUUCGGCCAAUAUUCUCUAUGGACUAGACACCACCAUUGCAGCCGACAUCCAGGCCGCAGUAUCGGAGACGUUCGACAAUGUGAGACAGCUGGGUUGGUUAGGCGUGGGAUUUACUCUGGGUUCAACCGUGGCCAUCUUGCCUCUUGGCAAGGCGUUUGGAACCUUUGACACGAAAUGGGUGUUUCUAAGCUGCUUGACUAUGUUUGCUGCUGCGAGUGCGUUAUGCGGUGCGGCACCAUCGAUGAAUGCGAUUAUUGUGGGACGGGUUUGGGCUGGUGCCGGGGGAGCGGGGAUGUACUUGGGAACUCUCAAUUUGGUGACUACUAUGAGUAGUCCCCAGAAACAGCCGUUUUAUAUCGGGAUGACCGGGUUUGUAUACGGCAGUGGGUGUAUUCUAGGUCCGAUUGUGGGCGGGUCUUUGGCGGAUAGUUCAGCGUCGUGGAGAUGGGCCUUCUAUCUCAAUCUCGUCAUCUUCGGCGCCAUGUCCCCCAUCUAUCUGUUCAUUCUUCCAUCGCUCCCCCGCCGCCCUGACCUCCCCUUCUUAGACAAGCUGCGCUCCCUCGACUGGCUGGGCAUUAUUCUUACCGCCGGUCUCUGCGUCUCGUUCACGCUGGCCUUCACAUUCGGCGGCUCCAUCUGGCCCUGGAACGACGGGCGCGUCAUCGCCCUCCUCGUCGCUUUCGGUGUCAUCACCCUCAUGUUCUGUGUGACACAGCGGUACUCGAUGCUCACCGACCCAAUCAACCGGAUCUUUCCCUGCGAAUUUCUCCGCAACCCCCAGCUCAUCCUGCUCUAUGUCUGCAUGGCCUGCGGUGGUGCCGCGUUGUUUGUUUCCGUCUACUACAUCCCACUCUACUUUCUCUUCGUGCACGGUGACAGCGGCACGCAGGCCGCUGUCCGACUCCUCCCAUUUAUCUUCGUCUAUGUCGCCACCAUAUUAACAUGCGGUGCGGUCAUGGGCAAGACAGGCUACCAUAACUUCUGGUACAUCUUCAGCGGGAUCUUCAUGACCUGCGGCGGUGCGGCGAUGUACACGGUGCGAUACGAUACCCCCGUGGCAAACAUCUACGGCUACUCCAUUUUGCUCGGCCUGGGAAUGACCACCACCCAGGCGGGGUAUGCCGUUGGCCCACUCCUCGUCAAGCCUGACCGUAUCGCGGAGCUCAUUCAGUACUUGAAUAUCUCGCAGGGUUCGAGCCAGCUGAUUGGGUUGGCCAUCGCUAGUUGUAUUUUCCAGAGUCUAGGAUUUCAAAGACUCAAGGGAGCGCUCGCUGGGACGGGGUACUCAGAUGCUCAGAUUCAGGCGGCUAUUGCAGGGGCGAGGAGCGAGCUGUUACGCAACGCAACGCCGGAGUUGAGGGCGAAGUGUGUGGAUGCGAUUGUGAGGACGAUUGGGGAUGUUUGGGUGAUGGUGAUUGCUGCAGGGGCCUUGUGGACCUUAUCCUCGCUGUUUUUGACCCGGAAGAGGUUUUUUGUUUAG